AUGUUGCUUCCCACCAAGAAUGUAAAGCUUUUGUUCUGGAGGUCAGGGGAGCGAGGCAGGGUUGGAGGUUACUGGAGUCAGGACAGAAGAUUAUUCUCUGCCGACCCUUGCCUUGGUGUAGUGCUACUCUGUGUGGCGAUUAACUUGGGGGUGACUUGUAAUGGAAUUUUAGAAUCCAAAGAGUAUCCACUGGGAUGUUUUUUUGGCCAAAACUCUUCUUUUUUCAACCAGAUGGAAGUCCUAAUGAUGCUACCAUUAUCUCUUCGAGAGGUAGCUCAAAAGCUACAGGGAACUUCAGGUCCUUGA